AUGGCUACCAAGUCCAGCGCCCUCUCCAUCUUCCAGUUGGUGCCCAGACCUGUGGAUUGGACCCGACUUUGUCGACAAGGCUGGGUUGAGUUCUUGGGAUACGGCAUGGGUCCUCCGAAAGAGUCUUCAUCCAAUCACCCAGGCGCUGUACGCAUGGGCAUGGGGGCACGCGAGGACGGGAUUCAGGUCGGAAGCCGACAUUUUGCUCGUCGUCAUCUGACAGCAAGACAGUCAAAGCGUGAGCCCAUCACUUUUGUCAAGGCACCAGAGAACUUGAGGCCAGACAAGGUCGGCGACACCGAUCCCACUCUGAAUCCGUCCGUGCGGGCUGCAGGAUUCUAUGCACUCCGCCGGCAGUAG